AAAAAAUACAUAAUAAAUAAGAAAAGAACCUUUGGCUGUCUAGCUCUGGGCCUCUGGCAUCUGUCCUUCUAUAUAUGUACGAGUUACAAGCAACACUCAUCAGAUUCUCUCUCAGUAUAUCCAAUGGCAGAUCAAGCUCAAGCACAGUUGAAGUGGGAAGGCAAGGCCUCUGCAAAUCUAACCGGCCCGACUGCAGACCAAGUUUGGCCUCUUCUGGAGGACUUCUUCAGCAUACAUAAAUGGCUUCCGGCCUGCGACAUCUGUGAACGUGUGGAAGGCGUAUCCGGGCAACCUGGUUGCAUCCGGUAUACCGCCGGCAACUCGAUCUCGUCUGGUACUGCCACUGGCGAGGAAACGGUCAGUUGGGCUAAGGAGAAACUGGUAGCCAUCGACUCGAAGGAGAGGUGGUUUAGCUACGAGGUCACCGAGAACAACAUUGGAUUCAACUCAUAUGUGGCCACGAUCAAGGUAUUUCCACUGAAAGACGACGUCGAGGAUGAGGGUGAGCAUGGGUGUGAGAUCGAGUGGUCGUUUGUCACUGAUCCGAUCGAAGGUUGGGCUCUGGAGUCUCUGCUUUCUUAUAUUCACUCCUCUUUGCAAGUCAUGGCAAAGAGGAUGGAAGAAGCUCUGCAACCUAAAGAUAAGUAAGUCUUUUCUUUAUUUAUACUAAAUGAAGGUAGGCUAGCAGCUUUCCCUUUUCUCUUUUGCUACAGCAAUUAAGAAAUAUUCCUGCUUUUUCCUGUUGGCCUGAUUGUUGCAAAUUGCAAUGGCGGUUGUGAGUGGCGACUGUCCAUUAAAGCUGUGUUUGAUGUGGUUUCAGAGAAUUAAUUCUGAUCAUUUGGGUACGUAUUAUGAAAAUUAAUAUAUAACCAUGUCUGUUUCAAAAUCUA